CCCAAUGAUGAGCGUACUUCAGAGUAGGCCACGCCCCGACUGCAGGGGAGUUGGCAGUCAGAUCAUUGCAGCGAUCAGUCUCCACCCGGACUCCGCCAUGUUGGCGUAUGUCGGUCGUGUGGCCGCUGCCUCGGCCUCCGGGGCCUUGCGGGGACUCAGCCCUUCAGCGCCGCUGCCACAUGCGCAACUCUUACUGCGGGCGACUCCUGCAACGCUCCAAUCUGCUAGGGACUAUGCCGCCCAAACAUCUCCUGCCCCAAAGGCAGGAGUCGCCACUGGACGUAUUGUGGCUGUCAUCGGUGCCGUGGUGGACGUCCAGUUUGAUGAGGGUCUUCCACCCAUCCUAAAUGCUCUGGAAGUGCAAGGCAGAGACACCAGGCUGGUUUUGGAAGUAGCUCAGCAUUUGGGUGAGAGCACUGUAAGGACAAUUGCCAUGGAUGGUACAGAAGGCUUGGUUCGAGGGCAGAAAGUCCUAGACUCUGGUGCACCCAUCAAAAUUCCUGUUGGUCCUGAGACCUUAGGCAGAAUCAUGAAUGUCAUUGGAGAGCCUAUUGAUGAGCGAGGGCCCAUCAAGACCAAACAAUAUGCUCCUAUUCAUGCUGAAGCUCCAGAGUUCAUAGAGAUGAGUGUCGAACAGGAGAUUUUGGUUACUGGUAUCAAGGUUGUGGAUCUGCUGGCUCCCUAUGCCAAAGGUGGCAAAAUUGGACUCUUUGGCGGUGCUGGUGUUGGAAAGACAGUACUGAUCAUGGAGUUAAUCAACAAUGUCGCUAAAGCCCAUGGUGGUUACUCUGUGUUUGCUGGUGUUGGUGAGAGGACCCGCGAGGGCAAUGACUUGUAUCAUGAAAUGAUUGAAUCUGGUGUUAUCAACUUAAAAGAUGCUACCUCCAAGGUAGCACUGGUGUACGGACAAAUGAAUGAACCACCUGGUGCCCGUGCCCGGGUAGCUUUGACUGGAUUGACUGUGGCUGAAUACUUCAGAGACCAAGAAGGUCAGGAUGUGUUGCUGUUUAUUGAUAACAUCUUUCGAUUCACCCAGGCUGGCUCAGAGGUGUCUGCUUUAUUGGGCAGAAUUCCUUCUGCUGUGGGUUAUCAACCUACCCUGGCCACAGACAUGGGUACCAUGCAGGAAAGAAUCACCACCACCAAGAAAGGAUCUAUUACCUCUGUACAGGCUAUUUAUGUGCCUGCUGAUGACUUGACUGACCCUGCCCCUGCUACCACAUUUGCUCACUUGGAUGCUACCACUGUUCUGUCCCGUGCUAUUGCUGAACUGGGCAUCUAUCCAGCUGUGGAUCCUCUAGAUUCCACCUCUCGCAUCAUGGAUCCCAACAUUGUUGGCAGUGAGCAUUAUGAUGUUGCCCGUGGGGUGCAAAAGAUCUUGCAGGACUACAAAUCCCUCCAGGACAUCAUCGCUAUCCUGGGUAUGGAUGAACUUUCUGAGGAAGACAAGUUGACUGUGUCCCGUGCACGGAAAAUACAGCGUUUCUUAUCUCAGCCUUUCCAGGUUGCUGAGGUCUUCACAGGGCAUAUGGGGAAGCUAGUACCCCUGAAGGAGACCAUUAAAGGGUUCCAGCAGAUUUUGGCAGGUGAAUAUGAUCACCUCCCAGAACAGGCCUUCUAUAUGGUGGGGCCCAUUGAAGAAGCUGUGGCUAAAGCUGACAAGCUGGCUGAAGAACAUUCAUGAGGGAGUUGUUUUGGCAAACUAAACAAAUCCUCAGCCUCUGUUCACCUCUUCUUGCCCCUAAUCCAAAAGUUUGUUUUCUCUCUAGGCCACAUGAGAGCCUUAAUUGAAGACAGUUGUGCUCUGUCUGAAGAAUAAGGUUUCCAAUAAAAACGUACACCCUUCAGAA